AUGGGAAGAGCUCCAUGUUGCGAGAAGAUGGGGUUGAAGAGAGGGCCAUGGACGCCUGAAGAAGAUCAAAUCUUGAUUUCUUUUAUCAUCAAACAUGGCCAUAGUAACUGGCGAGCCCUCCCUAAGCAAGCUGGUCUUUUGAGAUGUGGAAAAAGCUGUAGACUUAGAUGGAUGAACUAUCUAAAACCUGAUAUUAAACGAGGAAAUUUCACUACAGAAGAAGAGGAUGCUAUCAUCACCUUACACCAAAUCCUUGGCAAUAGGUGGUCAGCUAUUGCGGCAAAACUUCCAGGAAGAACAGAUAACGAGAUCAAGAACGUAUGGCACACUCACUUGAAGAAGAGACUCGAAGAUUAUCAACCAGCUAAACCUAAGUCAAGUACUAGCAACAAAAAGAAGGGUACUAAACCUAAAUCUGAACCCGUAUUAUCGAACUCGAACAGUACUAGAAGCGAAUCAGAGCUAGCAAACUCAUCAAACCCAUCUGGAGAGAGCUUGUUUUCGUCAUCACCUUCGAGUAGUGAGGUUUCUUCGAUGACAGUACACAUGAGCCACGAAGGACAUGAUAGCAACGAGGCUAAGAUGGAUAACAAACCUAUCAUCGAUCAAGAUUGUGUUUCUUUCGAAAAUUUCGGUGCGGACAUCGAUGAGAGCUUCUGGAACGAGACACUUUAUAGCCAAGAUGAACACAAUUACGCAUCAAAUGGCCUUGAAGUUGUUGGUUUAGAUGAACACCAACAGUUUCAGCACCUAGGCUCGGUCGAUAAUGAAAUGAUUUUCGACAGUGAGAUGGACUUCUGGUUCGAUGUAUUGGCAAGAACUGGCGGGGAACAUGAUCUCUUAGCCGGUCUCUAAAUUAACAUGUCUGAGGAGUAAGGCAAAGAAACUCAAAUUGUUGUUAAUCAAAAAAAAAAACAAAGAAACAUUCUAACUUUUGAUGUGAUGUAGUUAAAGUAUACUAAUUAGUGGCUGCGUUUUCACAAAACGAA